AUGGCGAUCGGAGAUUUAUUACAGUUUUCUAGCGACUACAUACUACACCUUACUGGUGGCUGCAUCAUACUUAUCGUUAUGAUAUUAUUCGGUACCAGCCUAAAUUUCGAACAGCUAUUUGACCCUGUCCAGCCCAGGGAUGAAUAUAAGAGAGACACAGAAUGGCUCGUUGAACGGCUCUAUUUAGCCCAGAGACUCCAUAAAUGGAGGCAACGACAAAUAUUCCUUAGAGAAACAAUAAUCGAAUACGCUACGCAAGGGAAACUAGACAAAAUUAAUGAUUUGGAUAACUGGGGCCCUAGAGACUGGCAACACAAGUUGUUGAACGAGGCUGGUGAGGCCUGGGCUCUCGCGAAUGAGUGGCAUGACCUUCAUCAACGCAAGCCUAGCAGUCCUAGGAUAAGGCUACGUGACGCCCGUAUCUCCCAGAUUCAUAAAACCCUACUUAAUAACCCGACCAAACACCUUUCGCAGGGACAUCUAGUAGAGGCAUGCGAGGCACGAGGCGGUUGCUGUGCAAGGGUAUGCCAGUGCUGUAUGAAACCACGUGGUCAAUAUCCAGAUAAAAGACUAUACUACGCUCAUUGCACGCUAUUCUGUGGAUGUUGUGUCCGCAGUCGAGGAUUCGUACGCCAUAAAGAACAGGACAAAGAUAUUGAAGGGUUCACCGAUGUGUCAACCACGCCUUUCCCUAUUGAAGGCUCUGGAUGGUUCAAAGUGCUGUAG